GCAAAACAAUUUUCCGUAAUUAUUAUUUUAAUAAUUCAAAAUGGACUUCCCUGAAGUCAAUUUCUGUUGUAUUUACUCUGUGCCUAAAACUCUCUAUUAUUAACAUAAACGUUUGCAAUUUACAAAAUUACACCAGGUGCAUAAUAAAGAAACAAUUAACUGCAAACGUAAAGGUACCGCAACCCUUCAGAAUAGUUUUUUGAACUCCGUAUCAACCGACCGUCUUUACAUUCGCUUGACAGCCAUUGUCACCAAAUGGUUGUUCUAAAAGACAUCUUCACAAUAUUAUUUUACGUGGGCCUAUGGAAGCCAGCAACUUGGCACGGAUGGAAGUCCAUUCUAUACACUUUGUAUACAAGUUGUAUUGUUAUAAUGGCGAGCACAUUUUUGAUAACUGAAGUGAUGGAUCUGAUUUUCGUCACAAGUAAUAUUGUCGAAUUUACGAACAAUAUUUUUAUGAUGUCGGCGGUAAUUUCAAGCUUCAUAAAAACAAUUAUUAUUAUCAGGCAUCGUAAAAUAAUUACCGAUAUUAUUGAUGUUUUAAAAAUAUAUUUAUCGAAGAUUAGGGACAAUGAAGAGAUUAUUAUUAUUGAUCGUUAUACUCGUUUGAUCAAAUUCAUGAAUAGAUCCUUUUUAUGUACUGCAUUAUUUGGAGUUUCUCUAAUGGUUUACGUAGCAAGCUCUCAAAAUAUAUCACAACAUAUAUUAUUUUAUCGUGCUUGGCUGCCUUAUAAUUAUUCACAGCCCAUGGCUUAUUGGAUGACAACAACAGGACAAGUUUUAACAAUAUAUAUUCUUACCAUUAUUUAUACCGUUUUUAUUUUACUAUUUUCAGGUAUUAUGUUUAAUAUAUGUGCUCAUAUAAAUAUAUUUAAAUAUCAUUUACAAAUAACAUUCUCUGAUGAAUAUUAUCAUUCGUGCAAUGAUAAACGACGAUGUAUAUCCAAAAAAGAAAAUGAUAAAAAAACAAUCAAUGAUUGCGUUGAAACGUAUCUUUCUAUAAGAAGACUGUUCAAUACGGUAAAAGAUUUAUUUUCAUCUAUAAUGCUGUAUCAGUAUUCUGUGGGAUCUAUUAUUUUCUGCACAAGUGCUUACAAUGUGUUGCAAGUUGAACUAUUUUCAGCGCACUUUUUUUCAAUUAUAUUGUACAUGUUAAAUAUGAUGACUGAAUUAUUUAUUAUUUGUAUCACAUGUAAUGAAAUAACUCUCGAGUUUCAAGGCGUUCCUAAUGCGCUCUAUCAUAGCUUGUGGUAUGUUACCGAUAAUCAUAAUAGAAAAUCGAUUGUGAUAAUGAUGUCAUACACACUUAAACCAGUUUAUUUUACUUGCGGAUACGUUAUUGAUUUGUCACUCGAUUCAUUUACGAAUGUGCUGAAGCUUUCUUACAGUAUUUAUAAUGUACUGCAAAGUACUUUUUAAUUCUAUAAAAAGUUUAAUUGUAGCAUUAAACUUAAAAAAAACAUUACCAAGUUUUUAUUUUUGUUUACUUAAUCGCACCUUUGUUAUAAUCACGUCUAUAUCUGUAUAAAUGAUAUAAAUAUUAUGAGAUUUGUUAUCUAGAUUAAA